UUGCUCGUCUCAUUAAAAGCUCGAGAUUAAGAACAUGGACCGAUACAUCAGUGAAGAGAAAGCGCUCAUAAGAGAAGCCAUAGAGGAGAAGAAGCGAUUUGCGUUACUUAAGCUCGAGAAAGCCAGGCAUUUUAAACAAAGAUGUCUAUCGAUCCAGGAAUACUUCCGACGAUUGGCGUGUUACAACAAAAUACCAUGCAUCAUGGAAUUCGUCGGAAGAUUGAAGAGUCCGACCAUUAAGUUCCAGGUGGUAAGCAGCCUCCCGCUGCAACAAUGCAAAAUUGAGUGCUAUUGGGCCGUAGACCCGCGAACUGAAGAUCCUUACCAAAAAAUGAUAUGGGACCACGACAGGACGUUUGAUGAAACAACAUUGAUUGAAACUCUGAGGAACGAUCUGCAAUGGUUCGACGGCAUCAGCGACGACCAUCAAUACCAUUUAAUGAUGCAAUUAUUAAGCUUGUGCAGCAGCAGCGUUAGAAGAAUGCUGUACCCACGGUUCCGUAAGGAACUCAGGGAGAAUUGGACGAAACUAAUGGCAUACAGAGAAGAACGAAUGUCUGUUUUCGAAACCAAAGAAAUGGCACUUGAUUCGGUGUAUGUGGAUCAUACAGAAGAAGUUGAAUACGAUCCAAAACAUCCCGCUACGAUAGAACUAAUGAAGCAGAGAAAGAAAUGGGCUGAUACAAUGAAUGAUUAUAAAAAGGAAGUCAUGGCGCCACCGCUAAAAGCUGAAAAUAGAAGUAAAAGUUCGGGGAAAUCGACGAAGACGAAUUCAAGCAUAAGAAGUACAAUUACGGAUUGUGACAUCGAUUUAAUCCAACUCUUACCGAUUUGGAUAGUGAAGAAUAUACUGAGUUACUUCAGCAAUAUCGAAUUGACCAACUUCAGCCUCGUUAACAAUUACUGGCAUUACGUGUGCGAAGACAUCAUAAAAGAGAGAAAAGCGAGAGAAAAGUUGACUCUAACGUUGGAAGCGUUGCGAGAAAAAAUCAACCCUAAAAUCUUCCAGAAAUUAGCAUCUCAGGAAUCGACGGAAGCAAAAGGACAAGUCAAAAGGCAAAAGGACCAUCCUCACUACGCGUACGCCGCCGUGGACAAGAGGCUGGUUCCCGAGAAGCUGAAGAACCUUUGCAACCACACUAUUUUCCACGAGGAUCAAUAUGCAACGAACGAUGGGAGAUUCGAGCCGUUCCCUAGAGUCAUCAAAGCCAAAGCAGAGCUACCCAAGACUCAACCAUGCGUUUUACAAGACAUCGGCGUAAAGUUCCACAUUGACGAAGACAUGGAGGAGCAACAGUCGUUUGUGACUUACCCGUUAAGCAGCAGUCGGAGCGAAAUAAUCCAUGGCGUCGAUGACUUGACUUUAAACGAAUGGUAAACUGUAUUGAAUAUAAACUAUACGGGUAUCUAUAAAGAUUUUAUAAACCGAAAGAAAUUGGAAAUACGUUUC